UUUUGGAGCGUGAGUGAAGACUGAAGAGAGGGAAAAAAAAAAGAAACGCAAAAAGAGCGAAGAAAAGAUGUUACAGUUCCCGGCGUAUAUGACGCAGCACCCAUUGUCGACGAGGACUAUUCCGACGUCGUUUUUGCUACCCUCUCAGUGGCCUCAGCCCCAUAAUGAUGAACUCAUUCUCGCCUUGGAGGAGUCUGAUUUUGAAGAAAAGUGCAAUGAAAUCAGGAAGAUGAACAGCAACCUGAUUCUGAUAGGGAAAACCACUACCGAAAAUGAUAAGGAAGACUUAGACAAUGACGCGGAUGACGAUGACGCCGACAAUGCAGAGGAAUCUGAAGGUGAAGAAUAUGAGCAAGAAACUAGUUGAAGAAGCUGCAUAUCAGUGCCCACUUAUAUUUUGUUAGUAUGCUUGGACCAAAUCUUUGUAUUGAGUAUUGACUCCUCUUUCAUAUCAGACUUUGUUAUAUUUGCUCUUUCCUAUGCCUAAUCAAAUCUUGUAUUGAGUACUGAGUAUUGACUAUUGAGUAUUGUUGUUUUUUCCC